CUUAAAGUUACCAAGGUUGGAGACCCCUGUCUUAAGACAUCUAAAAGUUAAUACUGGAUCAGAAAAAGGAAAGCUGAAAACUAGUUUGGCAAAUCCUAAGACUGAACAUUUGGCUUUUGCUGGAGGGUGGGUGACUCAGGACCCUCCCUUUGGGUUGCAGCCACGGGGCAGGCGCAAGUCAAAGUCCCGGAUCACAGUGGAUCGAGUGAUAUGUCUGACGGUGGAACAGAAAUGUGACCUGGUGCAGCGGGACUUGGACGAGACCAAGGAAGAGCUGCAGCUGAUGAAGGAAAAUUCGGAAAGGAGCUUGCAGAAUUACCUGGCUAUCCUAGAGGAAGCAGAUAUUCGCUUGGUUGAAAUUAAGAGAGCUAUGAUAGAGUUUGACAAAGACAUAGUGAAAACCAUCACUAAGAAGAAAGGGAGCGUCAUUGCCUCUGACAAGGUGCUGCGGUACAUGGAGGACCGGAUUCGCUCUAGGGAUGUUAUGAAAGAAAAAAUUCAUUUGAAAAACGAUUCCCUAAAAGUCCAGAAGCAGAAGAUGCAGAUGCAACUCAAGCAGGUACAGACCUUUUGUCAGCCCAUUCCUGACAAUGCCGGCAAAGGCGCUUUUAAUUUUUAUAUAUAUAAUGUAGAAACAAUAAAAACCUACAAAGCAUCACAUGCGCAGUAG